AUGGAUGUAUGGAUCGUGUUACAGUGGCGUUACGUGGGCGGGGCCACUGGGGCGGUUGCUCUGGGCGCAAAAUUCUGGACCGGUGGAAAGGACUCGGGGAGUGCUAACGGUCCACUGGUUAGGGAGCGCAAUACUUGCCUCGCCCCGGGAGCUGGCAACCCACGCUACACCACUGAUCGUGUAUGUAUUCGAAUGACGGACGAAGACGAACGGUCGUGCUUUGGAGACAUUUUCCGUGGAAAUGGUGAAGUUUUUUCUCUCCACAAUAACACUGCUGCUGGAUUAACCUAUUGUCUUGAAUCGGCCAAUAACACAGAUUGCAACAACCAAUCAAAUCUCACUGUACAAACCGAACAGCCAAUCAAAGCCGAGGAAAAGACAGGGUUAACACCUAAACUCGUGCAGGCGUUGAUCAACAAACGGGACUACUUAAGACUACAGGUAAAAACAUUCCAGAAGAGCUUCCCGGGAUUUCGAUUGUCUCGAUUUACGAAAGGAAAACCCGUCCUUAUAGAUGAAAAUGUGGAUGUACCUGAAUCGGGCGUCGGUUUAGCAUCUAACUCAGAAUGUCUGGAGUGUUCGUCUGAUGGAUGUCACGUGAUGGCCGUACUGAAAGGUGAAGGUCACUCGGACGAUCAGGUGGCACUGACUACGAGUGGGAGUGCCAUGGCAACCAGUGAGAAGAGCACCAUGGCAACGAGUCUGGGAGAACUGGUCGGUUCUCUGAAGAAGAAGAAAGGGUCUGUUGGUACGACUGCCACAGAUGCACAUGAUUGGUCACAUUCUGAAGGGGCAGCACCAACACAGACAGAAUUGACCAAUGGACACAAAGAGGAUAAUGUGUUUGAGGACGAUCUACCUCUGGGAAGUGAAGGUUUUCGUCGGGGAGCCAACAAUUUGACAAAGAAUACUGAAUGUGGAUCAAGUUCAAAGUUUCCCUGUGUGGUGGACAAGCGACUGAAGGAUUUGAAGGAGAGCCGUGGGUUUACGAGUUUCAAUUCGGACACGUCUGUCCAGACCAGUGGAUCGACCUGCAGCGCUACAAGUCUUGAUGCCCUGCUAGAAAACCGGCAGGUUGACCCGGUUCAGGUGCUGAUGAAUCUCGGGUUCGGCUACUCGGCCAACACGUGUCACAACAUGAUGCGUGUUCCCGAGCGAUUCCUCCUGCAGCAGUCGCAUGCGACCGGCAUCGACCUGAACGAAAUCCUCGCCGACUACCCGGAACUGCACCGACUGGUCAUGAAGAGGACGACAUCCACGCGGGCAGGGGCUUGGCGAGCAGCAUCUAAAACCUUGUCUUCCGCGCUGGUCGGAGUGAAAACCCUGUCAGAAAUGCGAUCGAAAUCCAUUCAGAAAAGCAUGUGUACCGUGCUGCCAGAACGCGAGGAACACAUGAGUAUUCUUCACCCGGACAACCAGCGAGAGUUGGCGCUCCGCGGAUUUUACUCCAAGUGUCUGAACACGAAUAAAACGGCGACACAGAAGGAUUCGACAACGGAUACGAAUGCGUCGGCAAAACGUCACAUGUUUUCCCGAAGCCACAUAAAACACGGGUGGAGUUUAGUCGAGUCUUCCGAAGGACAGACAGACGGACAGUCGGGGGAUCGGACGGACGGGCUGGGACAGACGGACAGUAUUAGCUGGAUGUCGGUGAGUACGGACGACUCUAAAGGCAGGCCACACUGCCUGAGUUACAGUACCUCGAUGGACAGUUCGGAGUUCUCGGCGGGUGUGUCCGAGCCUCACAGUGCGACAGCUAGCGAGGUCUUCAGACAGUUUGAUGAGGAGAUAAAAAAAUAUGACGAGAGUUUGUCGCGCAUCGGAUCAGAACGCAGGCGACAGGUGGAUGGGUUGAUGACGCAUCUGAUCGACGACGGUGAAUACCAGGUGACUCCCAUAGCAUCGAAACAGACAUCUCUCGAGAACAGUCCCGUUCGCGUCAUCGAGUCAUCGCCGCUGAUCAUGUACGAUCCUGACGAUGUGGUCUCGCGAUCCAGAAACAAACGGCACCAACAGGUGACGAUCGUCGUCCAUGGUGACCCGGACUCCCAGAACGAGCCGCCGACGCCACCACCCUCACCCUCCACUGCUCCCGUUACCACGGUGACAACACAGUUCCAGUCUAAGGUCGCGUGCACGCAGGCGUUACUGACGAUCGUGAGCACGGCGAUGGAUCGCCUGUCAGAUUCAGGGUCGGAUUACACAGUGAUCGGCAAUGAAAGUCCGUACCCAAGUCUGGACACACCCGAGAGCAGCAUCGCCAGGUCCGACACGGUGUUCAGUGAGCCGAGUGGCGAGGAGUUAGCUCCCUUGGCGGUGCGCGAGGAGUUAGCUCCCUUGGCGGUGCCAGAGCCAGAUUUAGAGGAGAAAGUUUCAGAGGAUGACACGGGAGGUCGUCACACAGGACCGGCUCACCUCAGUGUGAAGUUCGUCGACGAAAACGAAAACUAUCCGAGUGUCGCACAGGAAAUACGGGAAGCAGAAAUGUUGAUCCAGAAGAAGAUGGCAAAUGCAGAACCAGAUUUGCCGCGGAUGGGCAGUGUUCAGUCUGACAGUAGCGGGUUCGGUGACGCUGACGUCAGUGCUGACACAAACACGACAGAUUCCAAUGAACCGCCGCGGGUUGGUUGUCUGGGAAGUAGUUCGGAGAGUGUAGGCACAUUUUCCAGCAGUGCCACCCUUCCAUCACAGCAGGCCGGACAUACAUGUACCUCGAGGCCGAGUCUUCCAACUUCUGACAUUGUCAGCGAGACAGUAGCUGUUGCCAUGAUGCAGGUUCCAUCAGAAAAACACCACAUAGGGAACCACGGUUCAGACACAGUAUCUAACAUCUAUAGUGGCGACGUGGGGCAGGUUUCGUCAUCGAAGGAUUCACAGACUUUCAUAUCGUGGUGUUUUAUUCCUUCGCUACACACAACCAACGUGGCAAGAGCUCCGAGAGAGGAGAAUGCUAGAACGCCGGUUAAAUCUAAGUUUUCGUCUUUCGCCGACCGUUCAGAACGAAAUGCUGCAAAUAUAUCUUGGACAAGCCUACCAAAGUCUCACUUAAUGAUUCCAAGGGAGACAAAUGUGUCGUCGGGGCAUGGAAAGUUACCUCCCUUUAGUUCAGGGAAACACACAGGCAGGAGCGAUAACCAUGGUUACAGCGACGACAAUUUGAGUGGCGACGAGCAGAGUUAUUCCUCGGCUUCGACCGUACCUUGGCGUUCGUCGUCGGGUGUCGCCUUCUCACCUGGCGACCUGGACGGUUACGCGCCGCAGUAUCCGACUGGUCGGUCGCGACACUUCUCAUACAGCGUGAACUCGGACUCGAAGACAUCACUAACCGAGGAGAGCGACUACUCGUCUGUGGCCGACAGCACGGUCAGCUGUAGCAACGUGGAAUUACUGGAGUACAGGAAACUAGUCCGGCUCAUCAACCAGCCCAGCAGGAGUGUUCACGGCAGAAGGAGACGUAUUCCUAAGUAUCAUCCGAGGAAGCCGAUUCGAGAUUGGACAACCUUAGUGAGGAAGAAGCGAAUUCAAGAGGAAACCCGUCUGUUGCAGCACGCCGUUCAUAAAUACAAAACGGAAAUGUCCAUGUGUGAAGCCAUGUUCUCUCUCAGAUACCAGGCAGCCUUCGAUGAUUUGUCACAAGAAGAAAGAGACGACAUUGAUGCAGUUCAGUAUUUGUGGUCAGAAAUCCGUCAGCAGAUUCUCCGAACAGAACAGUUGCUGUCUGCUCGGAUGAACAAUGUCGAUGCUGGAAACGAUUUCUUCAGUUACCUGUCAACUUUCAACGUUCUUGAGAAGAUGAUAGAUCUCCUCAAGGAACAGACGUAUCACCAGGAGUUGAGUGCUCACCAGGAUGAUGAAGAGUCGCAAGAUCACCUAGACGUCAUGACAACGGCUCCACCAUGGUCACAGUUCCAGCAUCCUUCCCCAUCAUGUGGCCCUCAUACCCCACCCUGGGGUCCUCAGUCUCCACCUUGGAGAUCCUCUGUUAGUGAAGAUGUUUUACAGAAGAAACUGAUUCAGAAAAGCAUGGAAGAGUUACGGGGAUCUCUAAUUGAAGAAAUUCGACAAGAGAUGAGUCGUAGUGCUCAACAGCUCAACUUAGACAUGCAGGCCCGAGAUAAUGAGAUACAUCGUCUUCAGUUAGAACUGAUGAUGAGAGAGGUGGCCAUGAACAAACGCAGACCCAGGGCGUCACACCCCCGCCUUCUUCGUCCAUCUAAACAGACUAUUGUCUAGCAGGAAACCGGAUAUAGACCAGAGUAUCACACCCCCGUCUUCUUCAUCCAUCUAAACAGACUAUUGUCUAGCAGGAAACCAGAUAUAGACCAGAGUAUCACACCCCUGUCUUCUUCAUCCAUCUAAACAGACUAUUGUCUAGCAGGAAACCAGAUAUAGACCAGAGUAUCACACCCCCGUCUUCUUCAUCCAUCUAAACAGACUAUUGUCUAGCAGGAAACCGGAUAUAGACCAGACUAUCACACCCCCGCCUUUAGUUUUCCUCAAACUAAACACUGUUUAUAGAGCUCACAAAUCAAAAUAAUGGUGAUGACUGACUCGAUUAGUUGACGGUCCUGUAAAGUUAUAGUGUGCCAAUCAAAGAUGUCACAAAGUGUUACGUCCCAUUUGGCUUUACAGUAGGACAUACCGCAUUGAUACAUGUAUGUGCCAAGAUAUUUUUAACCAUAUGGGUAAAAAAUUUACAUCAAGAAAAAUCUAAUUAAAAACCUCAAUUAAUGCAAUUCAUUAAAGAGCCUUCAUUUUGUUUUAUUUUUGUUUGCUUAUUAAACUGAAACUAAAAUUUGGCUACUGAUUUGUUAUCCAGAUUCAACAAAUUACUAAUAGGUAAAACUAGGUAGAGAAAAAACAAUGUGAUUAUUUUGUACGUCUAACUUGCAUCCUAUCGAUAUCAGUUAAUGACAAUUUAUUUGAAAUACCCCGAAAAACUGACGGAUUAACAUAUUUCUCCUUUAAGAAAUGUGUUUGUUGCUAAGUGUAAUAUGAUACCGCAUGCCAUCAAUAAGUGUGUUAAUUUUGAUUAUAUUGUAUUAUAUAUUUUUUUAAAGAAUUAACGAAAAUAAACAUUGUAAACAGAAAAUAUGAUUAAUGAGAAGAAAUGUUGGUAAAAACCCUAAUAAUUUCGUUUCAUGAUUACUUAGUACCAUAAUAAGUUAGAAUAGUUUUGUCAAUUUCAGUUAACUAGUAUCUUAAGUUGGAAUAGUUUUGUCAAUUUCAGUUAACUAGCAUCUUAAGGUGGAAUAGUUUUGUCAAUUUCAGUUAACUAGCAACUUAAGUUGGAAUAGUUUUGUCAAUUUCAGUUAACUAGUAACUUAAGUUAGAAUAGUUUUGUCAAUUUCAGUUAACUAGCAUCUUAAGGUGGAAUAGUUUUGUCAAUUUCAGUUAACUAGCAUCUUAAGGUGGAAUAGUUUUGUCAAUUUCAGUUAACUAGCAACUUAAGUUGGAAUAGUUUUGUCAAUUUCAGUUAACUAGCAUCUUAAGUUGGAAUAGUUUUGUCAAUUUCAGUUAACUAGCAUCUUAAGUUGGAAUAGUUUUGUCAAUUUCAGUUAACUAGCAUCUUAAGUUGGAAUAGUUUUGUCAAUUUCAGUUAACUAGUAACUUAAGUUGGAAUAGUUUUGUCAAUUUCAGUUAACUAGUAUCUUAAGUUGGAAUAGUUUUGUCAAUUUCAGUUAACUAGCAUCUUAAGUUGGUGUUGGAAUAGUUUUGUCAAUUUCAGUUAACUAGCAUCUUAAGUUGGAAUAGUUUUGUCAAUUUCAGUUAACUAGCAUCUUAAGUUGGAAUAGUUUUGUCAAUUUCAGUUAACUAGCAUCUUAAGUUGGAAUAGUUUUGUCAAUUUCAGUUAACUAGCAUCUUAAGUUGAAAUAGUUUUGUCAAUUUCAGUUAACUAGCAUCUUAAGUUGGAAUAGUUUUGUCAAUUUCAGUUAACUAGUAUCUUAAGUUGGAAUAGUUUUGUCAAUUUCAGUUAACUAGCAUCUUAAGUUGGAAUAGUUUUGUCAAUUUCAGUUAACUAGUAACUUAAGUUGGAAUAGUUUUGUCAAUUUCAUUAGCAAUAAGAUAAGGUUAAAUAGUUUUGUUUGGCAAAGGCUAUUCAACAGUUACCCUAUACAUUUGGUUGUGCUCUAAGGUGGGUGUGUUUGUUGGGGUGUGUGUGUGGGCAGGGGUCAUUAUGCAGCAUAAAGUAUUGGUGAAAUAAUUUUUUUUUAAAGUUUUGUUAUACAACAUGGGGGAGGAAGUGGGGUGGGGGGAGAGGUUGUUAACAGAACUUUAUUUAAUGCUUAUUACCGUAAACAAAGUUUAAUUCUUGUUCAUAAAAUAAUUGUUAAAACAAUUUGUUCUACAGAUGAUUUUAAUUU